UCACAUGGAAGCACAGUAGCUGAGCCGAGGGGAUGCGAGUACAGAUGGAAGGGGCUUGAGGGACCGCGGAGGAGAAAAACCUGGAGAUAAUACUGGAGCUACAGCAGCAUAAGCACCAGCAGCAUCAGCAUCAGCAUCAGCACCAGCAGCAGCAUCAGCAUCAGGACCACUCUUCCCAGCCUCCCUUCCAGGCUGGGGAGCAGAGGCGCACAAGCGGGUCAGCGGGCGCCCAUAGAGGAUGUCACAUGCAAUAUGCUGCAUUCGUGUUUUGUGAAGCCCAAGGAAGCCCAAGUUGUCGCCUUUGAUUGAUUAUGGAGCGCCUGGUCCGAGGGGGAAGCAGAAACUGAAGGAUGCUGCGCCUCCCAAAACCUCUGAGCUGAAUCCCAGUGAGACCGUGGCACUUCCCUUGCGUGGAUGAGUUGUUGUAAGGGUGUGAGUGUGAGCGUGUGUGAGAGCAAGUGAGCGUCAGCGCUCCCACAUGGCCUCCAUGCAGGACGGGCUGAACUUCACGGCUCCUCCCUACGGCAAGGUCCUGCUGCUGGGUGCUAUCGCUGCUGCCUCGGCCUUUGUUGUCACCAUCCUCAUCGUGGUGCUCUGCGUGGGCUGCCAGAGGAAGGGGAAGACACACAAUGUUCCCGGCGAGGGUGGAAAACACCGUCUCAUGGACAUGGGUAUACUCAGGCAGUCGAAGCUGCGGUCCAUCAGUAAAUCAGACACUGAGAUGAACAAGAUGAACUGCAAUGGCAAAAGCAGGCAGCUUCCCCAGAUCCCCUCUGGAACUGGAGAGGACGGAGAGCACACUUACUCGGAAGUGGGCCGAAGCUCUUCCACCACACGUACUGAUGAUGCCCUGUACGCCAUGGUAGGCAGGGCCGGGCAGACGGACACCCCGGCCCCUCCGGCCGUCCCCGCCAACACCCCGGCGCCCCCAGACCCAGACGGUGACGUGGAAGGAGGGCUGCCCGAACCCGAGGCCCAGGUCAUGUCUCCGCCUCACCCUCCGGAGACGGCCGAGUACGCCUGCGUCCGGAAGCUGAGGAAGGCCGACAAGGCACCCCAAAAGAGGGACAGCGGGACGGAUAUGGGGGAGCCGCCGGUGCCACCGCCACGGCACGCCCCGCCGUCGCAUCCCGCCCCUCCUCCACCACACCCUCACAGCACAAAGUUGCCCCGUAGAAACAUGGACGCCUUCAACGUCCCGGCGUUCCCAAAGCGCUUUCAGCUGCAUCUCAUCUCCAUGACAACUGGGCAAACUCCAUACGCUGAUGAAGACCAUGAGAUGCAGUUGAAAGUGGAAAAGCUAGAAGUGAUGUUUAUGGGCAACGGAGAGCAGUACAUCUGGAAGCCUCCUGAGGAUGAGGAGAUGCUCAUGCACCAAAAUAAAGCCCUGGGACCGCUGGCUGCUCACACGGUGGAGAAUAUACAACCGUCUGCUGCUGUGGUGGCUGAGAUGUACUCGAAGGUGUGUAAACCAGGAAAGAAGAAGAGGGCUGUGCCGGGUUCUCCCCCAGCCAAUCCUGGCUUCCGGACCUUGGGUCGCGGUGACCGUGACCGAGACCGGGACGGGGGGUUUAGCGUAGUGGUCAAACCCCAGACGUGGGCCCUCCAGGAGGGCAAAGCCAUCGGAGGGCCCCUCGACGAUCACUGCUACGAGUCCAUCGGGACGGAGGAGUGCGAUCUGGCCUAUGAGAACAUGGAAGGCGCCUGGAAGCGGGAGAGGCCCCCCAACACGUGUGCCACCCUGCGGCCGAGGAGGAAGAAAGCCCAGCAGCCCUUGCAGCAGCAGCAGCCCCCUCCCCCGCCGCCCACGCAGCAGCCGCCCAAGUUACAGCACCUGCCCGCCAAAGCCCUGCUGCUUCCGGGGGAGAACCUGUACGAGAGCAUCGGCGACCUGAAGCAGGGCUCCGCCACCUCCAGCACCACCACCAUCUUCACUUUCAACGACGGCAUGGAGAUGUACGUGACAGGGCUCUGAGGCGGCGGCGGCUGCACUGUGACCCCCUCUGACCUUCCAACACAAGGAGCUGAGCUAACGCCACAAGGAGUGACGGCUGAGCCCCUGUCAUGCUCGACCCACACAUACUGUUUACAUUCAAGUCAUAACGUCACGCCUCUCACAGGCUCAUGAGGCCUCGGGGCAAUAAUGUUGAUCUGUUAUGACCUGGGCUGAAGUCCAAUCUAUAAACCUUAUAAGGAAUCCAAAGGUAGUGAAUAAUAAAUGAGCACAAGACCAUCGCAGAGCAAUCUGUAGGUAACAGUAGCACUUCUAUUUUACUGAUACGUAUAUGUGCAAAGCACAAUAAAGUAAAAAGCCUAAAUUCUUCCUCAAUUCUAGCGGGUAAAAAUAGUCCUAGCAGGACUCCUAUUGGGGGAGCAUUGUGUGAAAUCUUUUGGUAGCACUUAUCAUGAGCAGGCCUUCCCUGUAGUCGGUCAAGAUGAGAUUCAGGACGGAAUUUAAAUGAUAUAAAGGAAUGAAUUACUAAUCAAAAUGCUUGAAAGCUCAGGGACCAAGAGAAUCUAAUUAUGAGAGUAUUAUAAAAAAAAUUGCACACAUUUUGCAUUUCUCCUAAAAGCUUCGACUAAUUUAGACCAUCAUGUUUUAAAAACCGACCGGACACUUCCCUCCGUCAUGUUUUGUUUCAUCUCACGUGGACUGAACACUGUCUCCACUGCCGUCUGUAAAUGAAGUGUUUUACUUUGUUGAUCCUGUUUCUGCACUUUGCCUGCUACAAGUUGCAUGCUAAAAAAAAGUGAAAAAAAAAAAAAUCAAGCACUGUCAUGUGGUACCUCUAUAUGAAUGUUUUUUUUUUUUUUUUAUAUCGUCGUUGGUUGUUAAUUUUUUUUUUUAGUGUGUUGCUUUAUUUCUCAGUAGAGCACAAAGCCAGUUAGAUGAAGGAUGACUUUGGCUCGGUGGGACUCUGUGCAGCAGAGAGGAGAGUUAACACGCACGGAAACCAGACUAAAGAGAACUGAUCGAGUCCUAAAGGUGGAGACAGUCCACUCAACACCCUUCCCUCCACACACACACACACACACCUCUUUCUCUGCUCAGUCAUCACUCACAUCUUUGGACCGUUCAUCUACAUCGUCCCUGCCUCGUGCUCAUAUGCUUGGGUUUCGCCAUAGUGCAGCUCGGAAAGCUACAGUAGAACUGAUGUGUAUUAGCAAACGCCAUGUCCCAUCAUCACUCCAUCGAUGAACACUCUCCUCUCUCUGUUAUCAGUGUUAAUAAAUACUGCAGAAAUGACAAAAAUGUGAAGCAAACGGUUAAGCAGCAAAGAAUCACCCCGAGGAUAACACACUCAACAAAUUUACACCCAAAUCCUGGACAAUAACGCUGAUUUCAUUUGACCAAAUAUUCCCCCAGCAAACAAUGUGAUUAUACUGUAUGUUGAUGCAACGUGUAUGUACAUUACAAAAAGAGAAAGAAUAAUAAAUAUAUCAUCAGUGUCAAGAAAUCUAUCUUUUUCUAUUAUGUUUAAUUGUGUUUUGGAAUGACUUCUCUUGUGACACAAACUGCAAAAAACAAAAAACAAAAAAAACAGCUGCAAUGUAAAUUAUUUCAGUGUAUUCUGUUUGUUGUUUUUUGAAGCCAUGAAGCUACGGUGUGUUCUUGGAAAGCCCAGCUAAGUUAAAUGUGGCAGCUAAUGUUGUGUGUUUGCUAUUCAGACUACAGGGUCUUGUAAUCGAAAAAGCGUGUAAUUAAGUGCUAAAAGUGCAAAAGAUUGUAAUGUUUUAUAUCAAGAUUACUAUUCAUGAAAUGUCAGUCAAGUUUAUACUUUUGUAAUAAAGUGGCACUUUAAAAAAAAAGGA